CCUGCUUAUUGCUAGUGUCGUUUUUUUCAUCUCUUUUGUGCCGAGGGUCUAUCGGAUUCAGCUUCUCUACCUUCUCAAGGUAGGGGUAAGGUUUGGUGUUGUUGUUGGCCUUUUCUGAGACUACUCUUUAAAGUAUGUUCCCCUUAGUCCAGUGGGCUAAAAUUCGCCUUCAAACAUAGUUGGAUGAAUUUUCCUUUCAGCAGACAAAUUCAGCCCAGUAAGCUAAUGUGGACAAAGUUUAAACAGUGGCCUCAAAAGAAGCAACAAUAACAUAUCUAGCGUAAUCCCAUGAGUGAGAUCUGGGGAGAGUAGAGUGUACGCAGAUCUUAUCCCUACCUUAAAAGGUAGACAGGUGGCCUCAAAAAAAGCGAUUUGUGCAAACGCCGAAAAUUCUUUCAGCAGAAUGGUGCAUAUUUAAUAACUUUAAAAAUCAGAUCCUGAUGCAAUGCAAUACCUUUUUCCUGGUUAUGUAUGCAGGUAACUUGGUGAAAAAUGGUGGAUUUGAAGCUGGUCCGCAUGUAUUCAAGAACUUCUCGACAGGGGUGCUCGUCCUGCCUCUGAAACAAGACAAGUACUCACCAAUUCCGGGAUGGAUGGUUCAGUUUGCAAAACCAGCAAAAUAUAUCGACUCGAAGCAUUUCUUAGUACCUUCAGGAAAUGCAGCUAUUGAAUUAAUAGGAGGAAGGGAAACAGGCAUUGCACAGAUAGUAAGGACAGUCCCCAAACAAUUCUACAACCUGACUUUCAUCAUUGGCGAUGCAAACAAUGACUGCCACGGAACAAUGACAGUCCAAGCAUUCGCUGGCAAGGCCAGUACACAAGUUUCAUUUGUAUCAAGUGGAAAGGGAUGGUACAAGACAGCAAGCCUCAAGUUCCGAGCAGAUAAAACUAGGACAACAAUAGCUUUUUAUAAUCCAUUCUAUCACACGAAGGUACACGACUUUGGUCACAUGUGUGGACCUGUCAUCGAUGAUGUUAGUCUCGUUCAUGUCGCGAAGUGAGCAUACUCAGAAAAGGUCAAUUUCAAGAUAAGUUCUGUACCAUUGUUUUUAUGUUUGUUUAAGUUGUUCAGUCCGAAACAAGAAUGAUAUAUCCAAUAAAAGUAGUAAAAUCCCUUCAUUAUUUCCUUCUUGAA